AUGAUUAAAAUAAGAUAAACUUCUAGAUUACGUAGAUUUUCAGCAUAAGAUGAAUAGAAUUAUGUGAUACCUAAACUAUUUUUGAGUGUUGAUUUUUAUAAAAAAUAAUAACAUUCUGCAAGAAUUGUUUCAAAUGAAGAUAUCAACAAUCUAACAUUCCUUCAUAGAAACAUUAAUUAUUAAACAACAAAAAGAAGUAUUCAAUAAGAGAUAGAAUCAACUGGAAUUUAAGAGAACAACAAAGUUUAUGAGGUUAAUAUAUAAGUAAAAUUUGUAAAGCAUAAAUAAAAAGUGGAAAAGUAAUUAAAAUAGGACUUUCAUUAGGAUUAUAAAAUAGUUAGAUUUCCAAACAAUUCAAUAAAAUAAAUUAAUGAUGAAAUAGAACUUAGUCGAAAACUCUAAAAUCUACUUGCAAAAAUUAAAAAAUGA